AUGGACAACAUGGACGACGUGAAUCACUUUGAAGUCCUUAUUUUAGCCAUGCUCAACGCGCUCAAUGACGAAGAAAAUUAUCUCGUUCCUGUAGAGUCACGGAACCUAGACUCAUAUCAAGCAAGAAUUGCACAUAAUGUUAUUCUUAGAUCUAAGUCCAUUAGAUCUAAGUCUAACGAUCCCAACCCUGGGUUGAGCAUGAACCUAUUCUUCUUUGCCGCAAUACAUGUCUGCCAAAACUUGAUUAGUUCUCAUUCAUUUGCCGACAACCAUUGCCGGAUCAUGGCUAUCGCUUGUGAUAUGUUCUACCGCCUAGACGGAAGCGUCAAGGACCGAUGGGGUCCGCCUCUGUUACCCGUCCGCUGUACCGAGAUUUGGCAGCUCAUUCCCAGUGAGAGAAGUGAAAAAGCACAGCUAUUCCUCCUCGACUGGGAGAAACAAAAUUCAUUUCUCUCACAUCUUGUGAGCCGUGGAUAUCGCAAGGGCCUAUACCUGGGCUUGUGGGAAAUCGGGAGAGCACUGGAACACCCUAUAGAAGAAGGGUGUACUCAAUUAAUGCGCUGCCGAGUGCGGGUAGCCGUGGAGUGGAUAAUGAACUGCGGCGACCUUCUGUUGGCGGCAAUGAGCGAUCAGAAGGACAGCCCCAACAAAGCCAUGCGACCAGGCCCGAUCUACGGGGAAGGACUCCCUUAUCUAAGCCCGGAUCGGUGGGAAUUUUGGAAGAAGCGGCUUGCCGAGUUUCAAGUGAAAUUUCACUUGCACGACGAGACUAGAGAGCGUGUGGCCGCUGUUUUGGAACUGAUGCAGGCGCCGUCCGAAUGCGAGAAGCGCAACUCAUCGCUGGAACGUGCUAUCAAGGAACAACUGGAAAUUGUUGCUACAAAGGAGCGACCCAAGGCAACAUAA